AUGGAGAGGGCAUGGAAAUGUGGGGACUGUGGGAAGGGAUUCAAUUACUCAUCCCGGCUGGAACCUCAUCAACACAGUUUAACCAGAGAAAGGUUCUUCACCUACACUGUGUGUGGGAAGGGAUUCAGUCAGAAAGCCAACCUGCUGAAACACCAACUUAUACACACUGAGGAGAGGCCAUUCAGCUGCAGAGACUGUGGAAAAUUGUUCAGGCAGUCAUCCAACCUCACUGUACACGAGCUGGGGGAAACCAUUCACCAUGUGUGGGAGGGAUUGAUACAGUCAGCUAUCCUACUGGCAUACCAGCAAAUUCACAAUGAGGAGAGGCCUUUCAGUUGCAUGUCCUGUGAGAAAAUUUUCAGGAAUUCAUGCCAUCUCACUGUGCACCAGUGA